UUGAGAGCACUGGGAAAGAGGAAUGUCCAUGUCGAACCCAAUCGUUUUCAGAUCAGAGCUUAAACCCAUGGCACCGGAUCUCUUUCCCGGCCUCGGUUCUUCCUCUUCUUCUCGCCAAAGGGACCUCGUUUUCGUCGUCAAUCCUUUAGGUGCUAAUGGGCGCACGGGUAAAGAGUGGAAGAAGCUACUUCCAUAUCUACGGUCUCGUCUUGACAAAAAAUGCAAUAUAUGUGAAUCUCUAACUUCGGGUCCUUGUCAUGCCAUUGACAUAACUAGAGAGGCUAUAAGGGAGGGGGCUGAUGCUGUCAUUUCUGUUGGAGGUGAUGGAACUCUUCAUGAGGUUGUUAAUGGUUUCUUCUGGGCUGGAAAACCUGUUGUUAGUCAAAUUAAAGAGCCUACGAAUUCAACUGCUCUUGGUCUCAUCCCCCUAGGAACUGGUUCUGAUUUUGCGAGAACAUUUGGUUGGAAGAAUGAUCCUCACGAGGCCAUUGAACGCAUUGCCAGAGGGUUGAGAUCAAGCAUAGAUGUUGGUGUUAUCAGUGGAGAAAGUGGCAAACAUCAUUACUUCAUAAACGUUGCUGACAUUCAUUUGAGUGCAAAGGCAGGUUUCUAUGCUUCUAGGUACAAGAGAUUUGGUAACCUAUGUUAUAUCAUUGGUGCAUUGCAGGCCUUCAUGGGUCAUCAUAAUCAGGAUCUCAGAAUCAAGGUCAAUGAAGGUGAGUGGGAGAAAUGUCCUCAAGUGACGGCCCUUUGCGUUGGAAAUGGAAAAUACUUCGGUGGUGGCAUGAAAAUUACCCCAAAUGCUAACCCUCAUAGUGGAAAUUUAGAGGUUGUGAUUCUUCAGGACUUUAAGUGGUACGAUUUUGUCCUGAAAUUACAUAAGCUGUACAAUGGGACACACCUAAUGGUAAAAAAUGUAUCAUCUAGAAGGUAUAAUCUUUUCCAGAGAAUGCAUGAUUUCAUUCUUCAUGGCACUUUCAUUUGUUACUUUCUAGUUCUUGAUGAUUGGUCUCUGAUGACUAAUGAAUUUGGAUUACAUGGUCUUCUUAAACUACUAGCCUAAUGAUAUAAGUGGGUCUGGACACUUCACUCAUUAUCCUCUAUAACCUAUUCUUAUGUUGAUGCAGGAAUUUGGACAUAGAUUGUCUUUGUUUGAGUGUAUUGUUUGGCUAAUUAUGGCAGUUAGCUUGACAUUGUAAAUUUGUAACUGAUUCAGUAGAUUUGUGAACUGGUGAACAUUGUUAACAAGCUGAUUGUUUUGGAUGUUAGGGUGGUAAAAAAACACAACUGUUUAAAUACCUGUAGCGACCUUCAUUGGGUUUGGUUUUCUUGAUAAUUUAUAAUUUGAUUUAACUUUUUCUGUUCAUUGAAAGCUAGUAUUCAAAUUCAUUUCCUUUUAUCUAUUUAUUUUUAGGCUUGCUUAGGUUUAUGAUGGUACUCAUUCAGAGUUUUUAUUUUUAUUUAUUUAUUUAUUUGUAGUGUGCUUUCUAUUGAGGUGGAGGACAUUUCAGGGAAGGGUGUUUAUAUUCAAUCUGAUGGGGAACAUU